UACGGGGAGCCAUACGUUUACGAACUUUUAUGUAUUGACGUAGCCUUGAGGUUCGCGUAGCAUGGUAACUGAUUACAUGUGACAACCUAGUGACAACUUCUAUCACUCGUCGUGGAGCAGCGUAGUGGCCACUAAACGUGCCGAGGAAUUUUGUAGUAGUGCUAUGAGGCCAAUAAGUGAACUAAUAUACAUAAAAUGAUGACAUUCUACAGAAAUUGGGCGAUUUGUUGGACACACGGUCAUAUAAAUAGGUCUGAGCACUCCUUACUGAAAACAUUAAUGAAACUUUCUGUCUUUUGAAUUGAAUCGAAAAAGACCGAGAUGAGGGCUUUCAUAAUAUAUUGCACACUUCUCCCAAUGUUGGCGUUUCAGAAGAGAUUCUCUCCUAUAUUGCUUCCUUAUAGGUACACACACACAUAUAUAUAUAUGCAUAUAUAUAUACAUACUAUGAAUGUUCAACAGAAACACUAUUCAUCUCUAUCUGUCUUGCAAGAACGUGAACUUUGUUAAUCUUUCACCUUGAUUUUUAAUGAUUAGACACGACUCAAUUUACGGACGGUUUUCCCUAGCAAAUGUCAAGAUCUGUUUAUAUGAUCGUAUCGUGAUUUUUAUACUCCAGGGAUAAUAACUAACAAUUUAGCUUGGAAUUCCCCAAGUUCCUGAACGGCCACACAACAGUACCAACCAAUCAGAAUUAAGACACUAGUGAAUUUUACUAGAUGUAUCCGACUUGAUUUUAUUUUCCAAUCUAUGUAGAAUUCAUACGAAGAUAGCAAAAUGUCAAGGAAGAAACAUAAUGUGUCAUAUAUUAAGCCGAAUGAGCCAAAAUUUUUACGUGAAUUAAAGGAACAAAUUGGAUACAAGGAAGGACCUACAAUCGACACAAAGAGAGAAGUAUUACCACAAGAUUCAGACAACGAAGAAGAACAUGAAGAAAACAAGCCUGUUGUAGUUGUAUUAAAUUCUGGACACUUGAGUGCAGAACAAGCAGAGGCAUAUAAGAAAAAGAAAGAAGAAGAGGAAGCUAAUACUCCAGCAGAUUUAUCUAAAAGAAUUAUAUUCAAGAAAAACAAAAUAACAGAGGCAGAGUCAGAUAAAGCGGAUAAACCAUUGAAAAAGAAGAUUAAAAAAUCAAAACAAGAGAAAGUUGUGUUAUCAUUUAGUGAUAAUGAUGAAGAUUACUCGUAACAUUGCUUAUGUAUGCCAAAUGCAUUUAUAAUUAAAAUAUAUAAGAUAAAAAUGACUGUACAAGAUCUCAAAGAUAUUUUACAUAUUUUCUAAAUACAUACAGUAGGAUCUGCAGCA